GGUUUAAGAAACAGUUUGAAGAAGAGGAGAGGCGAUUUGGGAUGGAAAAAUCGAACAAAGGAUCUGCGAAUGUCCAAACCGAACGAGAAAAACUGAACAAAUUACACAAAGUGAACCGAACCAGCCUGUACCAAACUCCAGGAAAGGAAACAGAGAAGAGUCAAGGAAUGAUGGAAAGAGAGAGGGCUCUUGCUUAUGCAUACACUUACCAGCGACAAAUGCAACACACAAAUGAUGGCGAGGCAAGUAGAUUUUCUUCCAAUGGGCCUGAUAGAACUCAAUUGGCUCGGAACUGGCUUGACCAUUGGAUGUCUUCCCGACCAUACACAGGCCGUCAAACCGUACCCGGUUCUAGUCCCGGUCCUGGUCACUACAAUCCUCCUCCAUAUCCACCUUUCCCCACAGCCGCAGCAACCACGGCUGGUACCACCACACCCGAUGAUGUAUCGGAGAAAACGGUGGAAAUGGACGUGACCACUCCUACUAGCCUCAAGGACAGGAUAAUCGGUCUUAUUGACCGACAGAAUAUAGACUUAGGAACAUAUAGACAAGCCCAUAAGCAACGUAAAAGCCCAACCCGUAUACCAAGCUAUAUGGCUCCAACUGCAUCUGCAAAGGCUAAAGUUCGUGACCAAGGCACUACCGUCAAGCUUCAAAGUACUUCUUUUAUGCCAAACUGGAACUCGUCGACCAAACACGGUUCGAUUAAUGGGUCGGGUUGUGGUUCUUCAAGUUCUUGUGGAGAAGUAACAACCGGUUAUCCCGGUCUCAGGAGUCCUAACUCCAAAACGGACAUCCGACGUAAGCCCGUUAGUCCUAGUCAAAGUCCUACCGGAUACGGAAAGAGAGGCUGGAGGCAUGAUCAUUAGAAGAAGUAUCUGAAUCUUUUUUCUUUUUGGUUUCUUGGAAUAAAAACUUAACGUAUAUGUGGUUGCUUAUCUAAAUAUAUGUCUUAUUCGAUAUAAUUGUAUAUGACUUGAAUAAACGAACAUAUUUUCUCUA